AUAUUUAACUCAAUUGAGAUUUUAACUCUUUUGAGUAGGAAGUCAAACUUAAUACGCUUUUCCUUCAGUGGCUGCUCAGAUUGUAAAAACUCUAGGGACUUUCAAUCUCAGCUCUUGUAGGAUAAUGGAGGGUGAACCCGUUAAUGUUAACGAGUUUCAAGAAUUGGCUAGGCAAGCUCUUCCAAAAAUGUAUUAUGACUACUAUUCUGGGGGAGCCGAGGAUCAAUACACCCUAAAAGAGAAUGUGGAAGCAUUUCACAGAAUAACGUUCCGGCCUAGAAUUCUUGUAGAUGUAAGCAGAAUAAAUUUGUCAACUACUGUACUGGGUUACAAAAUCUCAGCGCCAAUCAUGGUAGCUCCAUCUGCUAUGCAUAAGUUGGCACAUCCAGAAGGAGAGAUCGCCACAGCCAGAGCAGCAGCUGUGUCUAAUACUAUAAUGGUUUUGUCCUCCAUGUCUUCCUGCACUAUCGAGGAGGUUGCUUCCAGCUGCAAUGCCAUUCGGUUUUUUCAAUUAUAUGUAUAUAAGAACCGAGAUGUAGCAGCUCAGCUAGUUCAGAGAGCUGAAAGAAAUGGAUACAAGGCUAUUGUGCUGACAGUUGAUGCUCCCAUGCUUGGCCGAAGGGAGGCAGACAUAAAGAACAAAAUGAUUGUACCGCCGUUAAAGAAUAUUGAAGGCCUUGUAUCAACUGAAGUGGACAAUGAUGAAGGUUCAAUUUUAGAAGGUUUUGCCAAAGGGGCCCUUGAUGCUUCUUUGUGUUGGAGGGACAUAGGAUGGUUAAGAUCUAUAACAAACUUGCCAAUUCUAAUCAAGGGAGUACUCACUCGGGAAGAUGCAAUAAAGGCGACAGAAGUAGGUGUUGCUGGGAUUGUUGUCUCUAAUCAUGGGGCUCGCCAGCUUGAUUACACUCCUGCUACUAUUACUGUUCUGGAAGAGGUGGUUCAUGCUGUUGGGGGGAAAGUUCCUGUGUUCCUUGAUGGAGGAGUGCGGCGAGGAACAGAUGUCUUCAAGGCAUUAGCCCUUGGUGCACAAGCCGUCCUUAUUGGAAGGCCUGUAGUCUAUGGGCUGGCAGCAAAGGGGGAAUAUGGGGUGAGAAAAGUCAUCCAAAUGCUGAAGGAUGAGCUUGAGCUCACCAUGGCACUAUCUGGCUGUCCUAGUGUGAAAGAUAUUACUAGAAGCCAUGUGAGGACAGAGCAUGAAAAAAUCCAUUCAAUGCUCUAAUAAAAUAUUUGUAGCAUGAGGACAACGUCCUAAAGAAAAAUGAUUCAGAUCAUUAAUAAUACCUUAUACAUUUGUAAUUACAUUGUUAACAAUAAGUCACUGUGAAUAGGUGUGGAAUAUGUUGAAAUUUCCUCAAUGAUCAAGUUGGCAUGUAGAUAGUGGAAUGGGACCAUGACUACUAUCUUCUGCCAUAUGUAUGUCUAUUGUAUAAAUAAAUGUGGUUCUAUAUGUGGAACCUUGAAGUCCAUGUUAAAGAUAUGGGUUCAGAACCCAUUGUAUUCUCCUACUCUUAAAUUGUACUGGAGUUUAAGGAUUGA